AUGAUGCAUGCUCAAGUCUUCAUUUCAGGAUUCAUAUUACUACUCCUAGGUGUUGUGGAUUCUGAUGUAGUAUUGAAGGCGGUGGUGGGUGACCCUGUCACACUGCCAUGUCAUUACUCAACAAAUCUUGGAAUCAGUAAAACUUGCUGGGGCCUUGGCGAAUGUCAAUCAUUUUAUUGUGCAAGAACACUUAUCUGGACCAAUGGAUAUCGAGUCACCUAUCAGAGGAGCAGCAGAUACCAGCUACAGGGACCUAUUUCAGAAGGAAACAUGUCCUUGACAAUACAGAAUGCUGUUCAGAGUGACAGUGGUCCCUAUUGUUGUAUAGUUAAAAUUCCUGGAUCUUUCAGUUAUGUGACCUAUUUGCUGGAAGUUAAACCAGAAAUUCCAACAAGUCCUUCAACAAGUCCUACAACUACAACAAGACCCACAACAACAGGAAGACCCACAACUACAGGAAGAGCAGCAACAGGAAAACCUACAACAGGAAUACUCACAAAAAGUAUACUCACAGCUACAAAAAGGCCUACAACUACAGUGAAUCCCAUGAAUGUGACAAUGAGACCCACUCAUGAACCAGCAUCUCCCAGAGUUUCUACCUUGACUCCUACAACACCAGUACAUAUGGAAACUUACACACCAGAUCGGAAUAACUCUGUGAUAUCCUCGAAUGACUCUUGGAAUAAUUACCCUGAAUCAAUCCCUUCACUGAAUCCACCAGUGAAAAUGACUAAGGACAUGCCUCUUGGCUACGUCAUUGCUGCCUUCAUGGUGAUGCUGUAUGUGGGUGCCCUGGCUCUUAUGCGUUAGCAGCAGCUAUGGAACCUUGGUGAAGACAAUGUCUACAUAAUUGAAUACAGUGCUUUCCCUACAGCAUGAAUACCAACGGCUCUCUGAGGGAACAUCUGCCUGAGAUUGAAAAGACAACAACAAGUUUGGACAGCGCAAACAACCUUUACAGCUCCAGGAUUAUUUUCUGUGUCUACUCAUCCAGCAGUGGUGGAGAGGGUGACCCCCAGUACCAUCCUAUUUCUUACCUCACCACUGACUCAGUCUCUCCACUCAGUGCAGUGCAUUCUCUCAAAUAUGAACAUCUUAGAAUGCUGUAUGUCCUUUAUGUCAA